GUACGUCAGGCUUUGACCAUCACGUGACGCAUGCGCACUGUGCCUGUACGCUGAUGCAAGACUCCUCCAGCGGCGCAACGGUGUGGAUCUGAUCCCGGAACACUAAAGCGGCACAUCCCAGACUUUUACCCGCAGCAAACAUGUCCGGAGACGAGAUGAUUUUUGAUCCUAACAUGACCAAAAAGAAAAAGAAGAAGAAGAAGCCAUUCAUGUUGGAGGAAGAUGGAGGAGAGGGUCCAGGCGCAGCAGAGGAGGCCAAGGAGGUGGAGACCAAGGAGGUAGAGCCUGAGGCCGGAGAGGACAAGGAGGUGGAUUUUGACGAAGAUGACAGCAGGAAGAAAGAAACCUCAGAUGAUUUGAAUGACCUAAAUUUCUUCAAUCAAAAGAAAAAGAAGAAGAAACCAAAAAAAGUAUUUGAUAAUGAAUUGGAAGAAGGAAUGAAGGAGCUAAAAAUAGAAGGGGAACAGACAGAGCCAUUGGAAGAGGACAAUUUGGACCUCAUGCUUCCCGCCAAGAAAAAGAAGCCAAGGAAAGUGGAAUUUGACGAGGGGGAACUGGAAAAGGAUGACACCCUGGAGGAUGAUGAUAGUAAGAACAACGACGGCAUCUCCUUCAGCUCCUCCACAGGACCAGCCUGGGCUGGCUCUGAGCGUGACUACACCUACGACGAGCUGUUGAAUCGAGUGUUCAACAUCAUGAGAGAGAAGAACCCUGACAUGGUGGCUGGAGAGAAGAGGAAGUUUGUGAUGAAACCUCCUCAGGUCGUUAGAGUGGGAACCAAGAAAACCUCCUUCGUCAACUUCACAGAUAUCUGCAAAUUGUUGCAUCGUCAGCCCAAACAUCUCCUUGCUUUCCUUCUGGCUGAAUUGGGUACAAGUGGUUCCAUAGAUGGAAACAACCAGCUUGUUAUCAAAGGCAGAUUCCAACAGAAACAGAUAGAAAAUGUGUUGAGAAGAUAUAUUAAGGAGUAUGUCACGUGUCAUACCUGUCGCUCACCUGAGACCAUCCUACAGAAGGACACGCGCCUCUACUUCCUCCAGUGCGAGACGUGCCACUCCCGCUGCUCUGUUGCCAGCAUCAAGACCGGUUUCCAGGCCGUCACUGGCAAAAGGGCACAACUCCGGGCCAAAGCCACCUAAAGCCCUGUGCCUCCAGGCCGCCCCUCUGCUCUGUGCAAGCCCCCCUCCCCUCCACAGAAGGGACCCCAGCCCAGAGCGGAGCAGCGGUGGCCUGUCGAGCUGGCUACAAGGACUCUCUGAACGGGACUGUGGGGGUUGGCUGAUGUCAGGUGGGGCCUGACCAGACAAGAGUGAGAGGAUCUGAAGCAGAGAGCUGGUUCAGGCACAAAUGCAGAUGAUAUGUUGGAUGCAUUUGAUUUGAUGAACCCUGCACCACUUAGGUUUUUUUUUUCAUUUUGCUGUGAUUCUUGAUACCUGCAAAAAUACAAACGAACAUGGCUUGAAUCUUUUUUCAGUCUUUCCUCAAAAUGUUGUAAUAUUUCAUUAACAGAACUGUACAUGCAAACUGACUAGAAUAGUUUCUCACCACUUGCCUUUACACACCUAAAAUGUUUAAAUAUCAAAUUGGAUUAAAGCAUUUUAAAUAAAUGGCAUAGGAAUCCUUUUACAUGGUUUUUGAUAAUUAAAAUUACAGAAUGGACAUUGAUGGUAUCCUUGUAGUUCUACAGAUUAUAUGCACUAUUAGAGGAAAGCUGGUGUGACAUUGAACAUUAGUUUUUCUGGAUUUCAUUUUACAGUACUAUUAUCAAAAAUAUUCAUCUUCUAUUUGAAAAUCUUUAUUGAUAUAACUGACUUCUGAGCAGACAAGUCACCUGCUAAGGCCACCUCUUAAUAACGCUCCAUCUAUGGGAUAUAAAGCAAGAAGGCAGUUCAUAAAACUGAAAAUCUGGUUCUUGUGAAGGGAAGUGGGGAGACCAGGCUGAUGUUCUUUUGAAAUCAGAUUUUUACAAAAAUAAAAUAUUCAACUCUC